AAAGUGGGGACUUCACUCUCACUGUCCGCAGCCGCGACCGUCUCUCUCUCCCCCUCGUGAAUUCACUCGUGAGACUACUUCGCGAGUGCACCUUUCGAGUUUGUCAAACUCGCGAGUGACGGACGGCAGAGUGCUGCGAGACGACAAUUCUCCCUUCGUCGAAUUCAGUGGAGCACCCUGCAACCAUGGACAAUACCAUAGAGAACUUCGCCGUUCACGCGGAUGUUAGCUGCAAUCCGAAUUACGUGCCCUCCGCUAUCGAACUCGUAGAAAGUUUAGAUGCAUUAGGUACUGCACUGCUAAGCGUCGGUUCAAUAAUCUUGGUCAUCACAAUAUACUUCACCGCUGAUGCUUGUCGCAAUAUCCUCUCCCAAAAAGACUCGGAAUUUUAUAAGACAAAUGCCGUUAUAAUCCUAUCGGUAUACCCUGUCGCAAGCGUUUGCAGUCUUAUGGCGAUUGCGAUACCAAGGGGCCAGUUACUAUCGGAGGCGGUAACUCAGAUUUUCUUAAUGAUUUCGCUGUAUCGGCUCUAUCUUCUUCUGCUGGACGUCGGUCGCCGGAAGAUCAGCGAGACGCCAAUGUUGAUGCUACGAGUCGGGCCCUGUUGCUGCUGGCCCUGUCUGCCCUUUCCGAACCUUCAAAUGACCGACACCAAUUUGUCUUGGAUAGGAAUCCUGGCUCUACAGCUUCCUAUCGCGCAGAGUCUUCUCUAUUUCGUAUUGCUCUACAUGGGAGCCGAGGAUCCAAUGCUUGCCACGCAAUACGGCGUGUUCCUUCAACCAGUCAUGGUAAUCAGCAUACUUCUAGGGAUAUACAGUUUAACUGUCACUACAAAGACUUUGCAUACAGCAGCUCCAGAGGCCAAGUUACAUUUUAAGACACUGGUAUUACAAUUGGUACUGUUGUUCUCUAAGCUGCAGUCAGGUAUUAUCAGGGCUUUGCCCGCCGCGGGUGUAUUUCCGUGCAACCCUCCCCUCACCCCGGCAAUUUACGCCAACGUGACAUACAACGCGCUGAUGCUGAUCGAGAUGAUGAUGCUCUGCUACGCUGCACGGCACGUAUAUUACGUCGAUUUGGAGAAGAUUAAAAAAACAGACGGAACGGAUAGAACGCCGAGGACACCAGGUCAGGUAGACACGAAUAGCAAUGACGGCAGCAAACAGCACCCAACGACACUAACCGCGUGAAAUUCGACGAAUCAUCAAUAACGUUAUUUAUUCCGAAGGACUUUUAUCGAGAAAUUUUUUAAAGAGGCACGUUUAAAAAAGGCACGUUUAAAAACGCACGUAACGAGAAGAACAAUAGAUAACGUAAUACUCAAGUAAAAUUUACUCGAAGUUCCAUACUUUUACUGCAGAAAACUCACUAAUUGUAAGAAUUGUAAGAUUGGCUCGUUAUACCUACAGAGAUAAAAUUACUCCGCACAUUUUAGCGAUUCGA